AUGCUUGAUCCGAUUAUGACAAAGCCAUGGCACCAUGUGAGUGAGUGGUUCCCAAAUGACAAGCCCACACCGUUUUAUACAACUCAUGGGAGUACACUUUGGGACUAUACAUGCCAUGAACCAAAGCUCAACCAUUUGAUUAAUGAUACCAUGUCUAGUGAUGCCCAAUUGGUCACUAACAUGGUGGUUAGAGAUUGCAAGAGGGUGUUCAAGGGGUUCAAUUCCCUCGUGGACAUUGACAGUGGCACAGGGACUGUUGCCAAGGCCAUCGUUGAUGCAUUCCCACACUUGAAGUGCAUUGUGUUUGAUCUCCCACAUGUUGUGGCCGAUCUCAAAGGGACUGAGAACUUGAUCUAUGCUGGAGGAGACAUGUUUGAGGGCAGAGAGAGAAAUGAGAAAGAGUGGGCAAAACUCUUCUUUGAUGCUGGCUUUAAUGACUAUAAAAUUGCUCCUGUUUUGGGCUUGAGGUAUGUUAUUGAGGUCUAUGCUUGA